AUGGCCGGUGCCUGUUCGAUGCUGUGUUUGAUUCUCAUCACUAUCUUCAUUCCUCCACUCGGAGUAUUCAUGAUCUCCGGUUGUAGCGGCGACUUCUGGAUCAAUGUUCUCCUCACAAUUCUCGGAUACAUCCCCGGCCACGUCCACGCCUUCUAUCUUGAGUAUGUAUACUACGAUCGCCGGAAUCAAGACCCAGCGACGCGGGCCUACCUGCGGCCAGCACCCGGUGUCUAUUCCAACCGCAUUCAGAAUGGUGGCCACAAGGCUCCCCGCCAGUAUGGUACCAUCUAA